AAUUUGGUUCAUCAUUUAUUCCUUUUUUUGCUAAAAUUUUCCAGGCUAAUUGAACAAAAUGAAUAUGGAAUAAGUAAAAUAAAACAAAAUUAUACUCAGUUAAGUUGGCGAGGAUUUUUACGAAUGAAAGACGAUCCAAUCCUUGACGAGAAUCCCGACACAUCGAGUACUAAGAUUGGCGAUAUGAAAGUGUCCUAUACAUUCGGCGAUUAUGCCUCUUAUAAGGAAAUGUUAAAAUAUAUGCGAACUAUUGAAUUCUAUUAUCCGAAUUUGACAAAAUUGAUAAGAAUCGGACGAACACAUGAAAAACUUCCAAUUGAAGGAUUAAAGAUUGGAUAUCCUGUCGAAAAUAACGAAAAGCGAGCCUUCUGGAUUGAUGGAAAUAUUCAUGCACGAGAAUGGGCAUCAAGUCAUACAGCUCUUUAUUUCAUUAAUCAGUUAAUAUCUGGUUAUGGACGAAAUAGCAGAAUAACUCAUUUCCUGGAUUCGUUGAACAUAUAUAUCUUCCCGUGCCUCAAUCCAGAUGGAUAUGAAUACAGCAGAUCCAAUCCUACGCCCCAGGUUCGUUUGUGGCGAAAAAACCGAUCACCUGAAACUUGUAAACCUUCAUCGUGGGGAGGCAAACGUUGUUGUAGAGGUGUCGAUCUGAAUCGAAAUUUUGAUUUUCACUGGGCAGAAGCAGGUUCAAGUUCACUUCCUUGCUCAAAUCUUUAUCAUGGUGAACAAGUAUUUAGUGAACCAGAAACAAGAGCUGUUCGUGAUUUUAUGUUGUCUACACGAAUGCGAGAUAAAUUCGAUGGCUUCAUUACACUUCAUACUUACGCACAACUAUGGAUCCAUCCAUAUAGUCAUGAAGUAGACAAUUAUCCGCCGGAUUACUAUGAUUUGCGAAAAAUAGCGAAGAAGGCCAUUGAAAAGCUCAAAAAACCAUACGGAAUUCAAUAUAAAAUAGGAACUGGCGCGAAUAUUUUAUCCCCAGCUUCAGGAGGUUCGGACGAUUGGGCGAAAUCCAAACUUAACGUCAAAUAUGUUUAUUUAGUUGAACUACGACCCGAAUUAGAAUUAUCAAACGGUUUUAUACUUAAUAAAAAGGAAUUAAUUCCAACGGCUUAUGAAACUUGGCAAGCAGUCCAAGAAGUAAUCGAUUCGACGCGAUCACCAUCUCAAGAUUCCACCAAUCAUAUAACCAAACAGCCUAUCGUAAAACAAUUUAAUUCUCAAUCGAUGCUAACCAAAAGUUCAUCCAUAAUGAAUGGCACAUGGCGAAUUUCAACGAUCAGCUUACCAUUAUCAUCAUUAUCAUUAUCAUCAUUAACAUCACCGCCGCCAUCGUCAUCAACAUUGUCUCGUAUUACCAUAACAAAGCGGGUGAAUUCCACAUGUCGAGACAUAAGAUUUUCAUGCAAAUUAUGGCUUAAAAUUAAUAGAAAUGUAUGCAUAGAGCAACAAUCAUUUAUGAGUAUACAAUGCAAGAAAUCAUGUAAUUUUUGUAAAGAUGAAUAA